CGUGAGCCGCCAUCGCGAACGUCGUCGAAUAAGAGUUCGAACGGAGAGAGGCGUCAGAUGUCACUACAAGGCGAGGCAAGGUCAAGGUCAAACAAGCGCGAAGCAAGGGGACGGGAGAUGCACGAGGAGGGAAGGAGGUGGGAACCGAUUCACUGUCCUUCCAGCUCUACGGAUGAUGGCAAUGAGGGUAAGGAGGGGGCGCAGGAGGAGGGGGAGGAGGGGGAGGAGGGGGGGGACGUGAACUGCUCCCCAGAAGUUUGGUCUUCGAAUCCGGCGGAUCCUCCUCAGUCAUUGCGGAAGCAGUCGAGAACGACACCCGACGAGCGGCAGGUGCAGCGAUCGCCACGUGGCACGAGCUUUAUGACGCGUCAGCCGGACGAGCCUUCCGAGUCGUCGCAAAAUGAAUCGAGGACGACAAGACAUGAGAGGCAGCAACCACAACAGCAGACGCCGCCUAAGCAGCAGCUGCCACGUGGCUCGGACUAUCUGACGUGCCAGUCGAGAGAGCCUGCUGUGUCAUCGCGACGUGAGUCGGGGACGGCAAGGCAGGAGAGGCAGGAGCAGGAGCAGCAGCAGAAGCAGCAGCGGCUGCCACGUGGCACGACCGUUACCACGUGGGAGUCGGAGGAACGUGCUGAGUCAUCGCGACGAGAAUCAAGGACGCCAAGAGGGGAUGAGGAUGCCACGUGGCACCAACCUCAACAACAGCAGCGGAAGCCUCAGCAGCAGCAGCAGCAGCUGCCACGUGGCACGACCGUUACCACGCGGGAGUCGGAGGAACGUGCUGAGUCAUCGCGACGAGAAUCAAGGACGCCAAGAGGGGAUGACGAUGCCACGUGGCACCAACCUCAUCAACAGCAGCGGAAGCCUCAGCAGCGGCAGCAGCUGCUACGCAGCAUGAGCUUUAUGACGUGUCCCGUGUGCGAGGGAAUGGUCCAUCAUGAAGUUAACGACGACUUUCAGCUUGUACGGGUCUGCAAGUCCUGCAACAGCGUAGAGCAAGAGGAGGGUAAUACGGUGGUAUACAUGAACCUUCCAGGAGCAAUCAGCAGCAGCAACAGCAACGGCGGCGGCGGCGGCGACGGGCAGGGGAGCCGGAAGGCCAGCGGCGGACAGAACGUGGUAGAUGAUGAUGACGAAAGAAGAAGAAGCGAUACCGCUGCCGGCGGCACUGCUACUGCUACUGCCACUGCCACGGAUCCUACUAAUGGUGGCGCAGAGAGGGGGGCCGAAGGAGGGGUUGGGAGAGUAGGGAGGGGGGGAGACGAAGGAGUUGGGAGAGGAGAGGGAGUGGGGUCCAACCUCUCUUGCUCUGGUAGUAGACGGGAUCCCAUCCGGGAAUCUGGCGUCUGCCACUCCUACGGCGAUGACUUCCCUGCGUACCUGCGGGCUUGGCCCGAUGGCAGGCAUGUUCCGCGUGCAAGGAAUAAGGGUUGUGAGGCGUGUGGGGGAAAGGAGACAGCCUUCGUGCAGAUCUUUGAAGCCGAUGGGACGCCCACGAUGUAUCAUUUAUGCUGUGCGAAGGAUUGCAAGCACCUAAGCUCAGAGGUGAUCUUGAACCCCUAAAGGUAGGGAGGAGACGGGAACGAGGAAGAGGAGGAGGAGGAGGAGGAGGAGGAGGAGGAGGAGCUGGGGGGUGAGGGAAUAAGGGGGGGAGGGAGGAGGAGGAACGAGAAACUGCAUUGGUAGAUAUGAGGAGGGAGGGAGGGAGGGAAGUGGGAGGGGGAGGGGGAAGGGACGCGGAGGGGGGACAGGGGGAAGAGGAGGGGAAGGGGAGGGAAGGAAAGGGGAAGAGGAGGAGGGAGAGGGUAGGUGGCGAUCCUUUGUUUGUCCUUCACGGCUAUCAUUGGUAGGUAGAAGGAGAUGAGUCGGAGUAGAGGGAAGAGGAGGGAGGGAAACAGGGGUAGCGAGAGAGGAGGGAGGAAGGAGGGAGAAAGGAGGGAGGAGGGAGGAGGAGGAGGAGGAGGAAUGAGGAACCUUACUGGAAGAGACGCGGAGAGAGGCAGAGAGGGAGGGAGGGUACAGGGUGAAGGAGCGCAAAGGGAGGAAGAAGAGGGGUGGAGAGAGGUAGGAGGAAGGACAGGAGAGGGGGGGAGAUUAGAAGAUGGAGAGUAAAUCUCGCGACAAAAA